AUGUCUUUCUUGUAUUUAAUUUUUGCCACCUUCCUUUUAGCUUCAAUUGUCUUGCUGAUUAUUCUCUCCAAGGACCCAAAAAACAAAAAUCUUCCAAAAGGGUCUCUUGGGUUCCCGAUAAUCGGAGAAACCCUAAGUUUUCUUAAAGCUCAGAGAAAGGAGCAAGGUGCAAAAUGGGUAGAGGAGAGGGUUUCCAAGUACGGUUCCAUAUUCAAAACCUCUUUAAUGGGCUCGCGGACUGUCAUCAUCGUCGGCCAGGCCGGUAACAAGUUCAUACUCACUACAAAUGAUGAUGUCCUCGCCGCCAAACAGCCCCCCGCAAUCCAAGCCGUUGGUGGCAAAAACAAUCUUUUCGAACUCACUGGAUCCAGGUACAAACUUAUAAAGGGCGCGAUGAUUAGCUUUUUGAAACCAGAAAGCCUACAAAAGUAUGUCAAGAGAAUGGAUGACAUUGUCAGAAACCUAACUCUCGAAGAAACCAGAGAGACAGACACCAUCAAGGCCUUCGUCUUCAUGAAGAAGCUCACUUUCAACGCAGCCUGCGACAUUCUCUUUGGCAUCCAGGAUGAGUUCACCAAGGAGAAACUCUUCGAGGAUUUCACUCUUGCCUUCAAGGCCAUCUGGUCUCUCCCAUUGAAUUUCCCAAGCACCGUCUUUCGGAAGGGGCUUCAAGCUAGGUCGAGGAUUGUGGACCGCAUUUUGCCAAUAUUGAGGAAGAGGAAGGAGGAGAUUUCGGCAGGAGUGACAGACCCUAAGAGCGACGUGAUAAGCUGCUUGCUAGCGUUGAGGGAUGAGAAUGAAGAAUUGAUCGAUGAAGGGACGAUCAUCGACAAUAUUGUCAUGUUGGUGAUCGCGAGUCACGAUACGACGGCGAUUCUUUUGAGCCUGAUGAUAUGGAAGCUAGCAAGAGAUCCUGAGGUCUACAAGAGAGUCCUGGAAGAACAUGAGGAAAUUUUGAAGGGAAGAGAGAAUGGAGGAGGACUUAGCUGGGGCGAUAUACAAAAGAUGAGAUACACAUGGAGGGUUGCUCAAGAGUUGAUGAGGCUCAUCCCUCCAGUGUUUGGCAGCUUUAGAAAAGCACUCAGAGACAUUAGCUUCGGUGGCUACGUUAUUCCCCAAGGCUGGCAGGUGUUAUGGGUAGCAUGUGGAACGCACAUGAAAAGUGAUGUAUUCGAUAGACCGGAUGAGUUCGAACCGUCUCGCUUUGAGAGCCUGUCGAGGCCGAUCCCGCCCUUCACCUAUGUCCCGUUCGGGGGCGGACUCCGGACGUGUAUUGGGAACGAGUUUGCGAGAGUGGAGACGCUCACGGUGGUGCACAACUUGGUGACAGGGUACAAGUGGUCGCAAUUGGAGCCGGAGGAGGCCAUCACUCGCCAAUUCAUGCCUUAUUUCUCGAUGGGCCUGCCGAUCAAGAUCAGGCCCAGAAAGAGCUCCUAA